CACACACACACACACACACACACACACACACACACGUACUUUGUGUGUGUGUGUGUGUGAAUUAUUGGAAUGGUUUAACUCAAGAAUCUAUCAUUGCAGUAGAGGAAAUGACAUGACAGAUCUGAAACUGUCAACAGCAAGCUGCAAUCCACAACACAGUAUCACAAUCAGCCAGCAGCAGCCAGAAAGGGAGGGUUGCUAGUAUAUAGCCAGGAAUUUGGCCCAAGCAACUGAUACAUGAUUACUUCCUAUUUGGCAUGGGCUGUUUUUUUUUUUUUUUUCUUAACUGUUAUUUGGUUUUUUGUUUGUUUGUUUGUUUGUUUCUGAUAAUUGGAGGCAGAGACCAGAGUAAACUGCAUGUUUUUGCUCUUGUGCACUUUCAAUUUCGUUGCUUCAGUGGCAGCACACGGACAUUUAAGUGGGAGUGAGGGAGAAAUGAAUCAGCAUCUCAACUUUGGUGGAACUGAGAUAAUUGUCCUUAUUGGUUCUUAUCCUGGGCUCAAUUUGAAUGCACCCAGUCCUUCAAUCAGUGGCAAGGAGUAUUAAGGAAAGUGUCCAAGGUCUGUCUUCUUACCAGUCAGGCUCAGGCUAUAGCACAGGACAAAGUUGAUCCAAAGCCUGACUCAUUAUUGGCCCAGAAAUGAGACUGCACCUAACAUCUACAGGACACAGAUCCCAUUCAGUUUAGCAAAGUCAUAAUUGUUUGAUUCCCAGGAUCACAGCUCUGAGUCUCCUGCUCCUGUCACUUGUGCAGCCAGUAGGGUCCUGUUUCUGAAGCUACAGCUUCUCCUUAAAGAUGUGACAUCCAAGUCUCAGUCGAAAAGUGUUGCGGUAUAAGCAGGGAAGAUAAUCCAAUGUAGGCUUUACUAACUGGGACAGGAAAAGAGAGUUCUGCUCUUUCCAAUUGUAAGGAUAUCCACUGUGGGAAUAGCUAUGGUAUUGUCCAGUUACUGAGAGUCGCUGAAAGUAUCAAGCAAUAACUUUUCCGGACACUAGCCUUUCUGUUACUAGAGUCUCUGGGUGGACAAUAAACAAUAGCACAUGAAAUUUACAUCUUAUAUUCCUUUUGCCAUUUAGGGACUCAGAGGAACAACUUUCGAAUGUUGGUGGGAAUUGUCAAUUCCUUUUGACACAUAGGAAAUCUUGGUCAUGACUUUUUUUUUCCUGCUUAGCCCAUUCUUCUCUAUGACAUCAGACAAGGCAUGAACUUUGUUGGAAAUCAGUUAUUUAUUUCUAGUGUCAGGUAUUCCUCCGAGACAUUGUUCCAUUGAAAGUUAUUAAGAACCCAGAUUUCUUUUUUCUUGUAUCUGCUAUGUUCAUAAGUUUACUACCUGUGAACACCUUAUCUUGUGUCUGAAAACUCACAUUCUGAAUUUCUCUGACAGACAGGAAAGUUGAGAUUGUGAAAUAUGGUCAUAAAGGAAUGAUCCCCCAGUGCUGAAUCUUUUAGAAUAUUUUUGGUACUUUUUCAACACAGAUACAGGAGGCUUUAGUUAAGCCAUAUUAAAAAAGCAUUGAACAUCAUAACAUAGUUAUCCAAAGCCACUAAGGGUCUAUAUAAAGAGUCUCUUGAAUAUCAUUGUGUUAAUUCCCUAUCGAUACGAGAUGAAAUUUCUCUGAUGAUGGUCAUGAUUUUACCAGAUCUAUUAGCUUUCACUAUGUCUUCAGAACUCACUUUAUUUCAAUUUGACUCGAGUGCAAUGAAAGAAAUAAUUUUUAUAGUUCUCAGACAAUUUUAGCCUCAGGUUCUUGGUCCUUUUAUGAGUGUUGGGCAUUUAUUCACCUCAUGGAAUUAAUCAUAAUCCUUGGAAGUAAUUGAUUACUCCUAUUAUAAAUAGACCACUAUGACAAAAGAGAGAAAAAGGAGAUGACUACUCUAUAAGUGCUAUUUUGUGGCAUGUAGCUCAUGAGCAUGUGACAUUUUGAUCUUCCUGUAGUUAUAUCAGAGUAGUUUUUUUUUUCAUUUAUAUUCCAUGUAGUCAUACCCACUGAAGCUUCUUAUGAGGUACCCUGUGGAUAUCUGUUCUAUGAUGAACUAAGUAUGUAGGAUCUUCAAUAAUAGCUUAUCACUUUGCAAGUAAUUGAUUACUCCUAUUAUAAAUAGGCACUAUGGCAAAAGUAGGAAAAGAGGAGACUUCUCUACAUGUACUGUUUUUUUUUGUUUUUUUUUUUGUUUGUUUGUUUUUUUUUGGCAUGUAGCUAAAGAGUAUGAGGCAUUUUGAUCAUGCUACAGGUAUAUGCUGUUUUCAUUCCUAUCACAUAUAGUCAUUCCCACUGAAGCUUCUAAUGAGGUACAAUGUGAAUAUCUGCACAGUGAUGAAUAAAGUGUGUAGGAAAUUCAAUAAUAGCUUAUCACCAUCAUAUUAGGAGAUGUGACCCUGAAUUGGAAAUGGUUGUGAAUCACUGGUGGGGCACUAUGGGAGCCCCCUUCCUUGACCAAGAAGAUAACUAAAUAACUCCUUACUGACACCUGAGAGAAAACUCUGAUUCCCUUUCUUGGUCUAAGAUGUGCUGUUUUCACAAUAUCUCCAUUAUAUGUGUUGAACCAUAUCAAUUACUUUUAUAUAUAUAAAUGGUUUUGUAUGUAUAUGUAUAUAUGCCUCCUUCUGACACACAUUUCGAGGUAGAAAUAUAUAUGUAUGUAUCAAAAUACAUAUGCAUACAUGUGUAUGCAUCUUGAUAUAGAUGAGCAUUUCUCACAUGUGUACUGUAUUUAUAUAAUUCCACUCUUCUUUAUUUUUCCUCCUGAAGCACCAUGUCCGCUCCAGGAUAUUCCAAAAGAAACACUACUUCUUAGUGAAUUUAUAUUUUUUCAUACAUACACAAAUAUAGUCAGAACUAAAUGAUGCAUUGUAGAGAAUGUGGUGAUAAUUAAUGCAUAUUUUUAUUUUUGACCUUUGGAAUUGAAAGGCCUCACAAUGACAUUUUAAAAUAACCUGUGUCUAUCUAUCUUAGCAUCCAUCUUUUCUUCUCAGCUUUUAUGCUUAGUGUGUCAAGCCUAGCGAAUUUCCACUACACACUGGCAUGCAGAUAUGUGUUGUCAUGCUGCUACCCUUGUUUGGUUGCUUCUUUACCUUGAAAUAUAUUUUUGGUUGGUAUUCAUAUUUUCUAAACAUUGGGGUUUGAAAUUUGCUAUCCUUCUUAGAAGACAAUUUUUCUGCUGGAGGAAUCCUGUUCCUUAGGAUCAUGAAUUGUAUCUUAGCAUUAAGUAACACACUUACUUUGCCCAGAAAAUAUGUUGAGUUGUGUGGAAUUAUCAGAUGGCUGUAGACAUGACAUUGUAAGUACAUAGCAAUAUGUCCAGGUAUGGAAUUUAGUACUAAUGCUGUAAAAUGAUGUCUUUUUGAAGAGUUAAAACUGAAGUUGCCUGUGGGUAUGGGAUAUAUAGAAAACUGUUCAAAUGGCAUGCCUUCAGAGAUGUUGCCAAAGGAGUGCCUCUGGGUUCACUAAUUCUUAGCCUUUAUGUAUCACACCAGGCUAAUACUUUGGGAAUUAUUUUUCUUCAUUUAAAUGAUAUAUGAUACUUUUGAUAAAAAAAAAUGGAAUAUUCAGUCAUGUCUGAGGGAAACAAGGAUAUAAUGCCCUAGGAUAUUCUAAGUCCUGGUAAGCUUUAUAUUUGAAUGCAGUGGUACAAUCAAGUCUGACUUGAUGUAUUCAGUUGGGUAAGCUGUGAUUUUAUAUGAACAGUCCAUCAUGAUGAUGAUGAUGAGUAAAAUAAUAACUAUAUUAAUGGUCCAGGGGACUAUUUCUAAGCACAUAGAAUGUAAAAAUUAGUUUAAAAAAAAAUCCCAGAUAUUCAUCUGCUUAAGAGGCAAGAUGGCGACAGGUGGCAGAGCAGAGGAAGAUCUGCAGCGGGGCCGCCUGCAGAUGCUGCUCCCCGCGCAGCCUAUGGCCCAGGCAGAGGAAGCCCAGGGCACAGGAGAGAAGAUGGGCUGGGCGCAGGUAGUAAGGAACCUGGCGGAGAAGAAGCACGACUUUCGUGAGCCUUGGCGGGGAGAAGGAAGGGGCAGAGGUGCGGUUGUCAGGCUGGGCAGCCCCGCGGGCCUGGCCGCUCCGAACCCCGGCAACUUCCCACCUGCCGGCCGCGGGGACCCGAGGGGCUACAGAAGAGACCCUGCGGGCUACGCGGCAGAAGCUUUCAGGAUGCAGGGAGCCGGAGACGCGAAUCAGAGAAGGAUGGCCCAGGUGGCGGCGGCAGCGGCGGCAGCGGCGGCAGCGGCAGAGGCGGCCAUGGCGUCCCCCGCCAGGCCCGGUGCGACCAAAGACGCAACUGCAGGGCGACCACUGCAGGAUGAGCCUCCAGCCGCCAGGCCUGGUAAGAGCCGCUUCCUUGUGCGUAUCUGUUUCCAGGGAGAAGAGAGUGCCUGUCCGACCCGGGAUUUCGUGGUGGGCGCGCUCAUCCUGCGCUCCAUUGGCAUGGAUCCUGGGGACAUCUAUGCUGUCAUCCAGAUCCCUGGCAGCCGCGAGUUCGAUGUGAGCUUCAGAUCUGCAGACAAGCUUGCCCUGUUUCUCCGCAUCUAUGAGGAAAAGCGGGAGCUGGACGACUGCUGGGAGAACUUUGUCGUGCUGGGGCGGAGCAAGUCCAGCUUGAAGACCCUCUUCAUCCUCUUCCAGAAUGAGACCGUGGAUGUGGAGGAUAUCGUGACCUGGCUCAAGCGCCACUGCGAAGUGCUGGCCUUGCCAAUGAAAGUGACUGACAGGUUUGGGAUCUGGACUGGGGAGUACAAGUGUGAGAUUGAGCUGCCGGGGGAGGGCGGGCUGAAGCACCUGCCUGGGGCCUUUUUCAUGGGAACAGAGAGGGGCUACAGUUGGUACAAGGGGCAGCCCAAGACGUGCUUCAAAUGUGGUUCUCCGAACCACAUGACCGGCACCUGCACGCAGGAGAUGUGUUACAGGUGUGGAGAAGAGGGCCACAAGAGCCCUUACUGCCGGAAGAUCAUCAUGUGCAACCUCUGUGGCAAGAGAGGACACGUGUUUGCCCAGUGUCCCAAAGCAGCUCAAAAUUCCGUGGCAGAUCACCUCACAGGCAUGGCUGGACACUGAAUGUGUGUCUGCCAGCCGGGGUGAACACACAGCCAUCUUACCCUUCUCAAGUGCCAAAACCUUUUUUUUUUUUUUAAGACCAUUUUUCUCUUUUUCGACGGAGAUUAUUCCUAAAACUUAACAGAGACAUUCUCUCUAUGCCUUUUAAAACCACGUGUGCUCCUUUUCAGGCUGUUUAAAAAGAACUCUUCAGAACUGUAGUGUGCAGAUAUAUUUCUGUCCUCCCCCACCACCACCUUUUUUCUUCCGUUUUACAUUAGUUUUGGUACUUUCUUCUUCAACACCCUGUCUGCCUAUGUACUAUUUGCUAACUCCCUCUUCAUCCAAGUCUCAUCAGAAGAUGUUUGCCCUUUGGGCUGCCUUGCUCAUUUUAUGCCUCUUGCCUGGGUACAGGGCCCAGAGCGGAAUAGGCAUUCACCUAAGUGUUUAUUGAAUCGAAAAUGUUGUCGACUAGCUGUCUAGAGUGCCUACCUUGUGCAGCUCUCUGCUGGGCUCUUUCCAUUUGUGGCUUCUAUGUGAUAUGAAAAUUUGUGAAAACAGUGUUGCUGGAAGUGUGUAAUCCUAAUAAGCUCUGAAAGGUGGCCAAGGGCCUCCUGAAGCAUUUAAACCUAUCUCCCUUGUGACAGCUCCUUGUGGCUCAGAAGCCUUAUUUCUGUAGAAGCUUGGAACCUAGGCAGUUCUUCUAGGAAAGAACCAAGAGGUGUUUUUUGUUAGAUUUUCUUUGGGGGAGCUUGCUUUUGUUUUGUGUAUUGAUUUGAGACAGGGUCUUACUGUGUAGCCCUGACUUGUUUGCAUUCCUGGACCAGGCUGCCUUCAAACUGACUGUGAUCCUCUCAACUCUGCCUCCCUAAGGAUAUUUUAAAUUAACCCCUUGGUUUUCCAGCAGAUGAAAUAAUCUGAAGUGAAAUGACUGGGUCAAAGUAAACCGCGGUGUGGUGCCUCAGACUGUCCAUAGUAGAGUCCACUGCCCCCUUGCCUGGUGCUCAUCCCACUACCUCUCACACUUCACAACAGUCUCCUUGACAAUGGAGGGCCAUGAAAGUCUCUCUCCAGGCUGAUGGUCCCAGCAUGAAGCUGAGACACCAUGCCCUGAAAGAGCAGAAAGAGAAGCUUGUCUUGCCAUUUCAUAGUAAGGGACCUAGGGAAAGGACCAGUGGACACACUGCAGGCUGCAUGCGUCCCUCAGUCCUUGGAGUGAGUGCCACAUCUUCAAUGUUCCACUGUCACUGUCAGCAUUGAGAAAUGGUUCCCCUUGGGAAAGAAACUUGCCAGACUUUUACAUUUACACCUCUGCCUCAUCUACUAGGAACCCCAGAGAAGUUAGAGAGAGAGCUCUUCUGAAACUUUGGACCUCUGAUGCUCAGAAGAAAGGUGGUUUUAACCCAGAAGCAUGAGUGAUCUGUAAACUGGAAAACGUUCUUGGGGAAACAGGCCAAGAGUGAGGGCCUGGGUCAACUAUGUGUUAUCAAGUUAAAGUGAAAGACAGUAAGCUGCUAUUUUCAGUUUUGGUCUUCUCUUUGCAGUUUUGCUAUUUUCUUGUGGCUUAGAAUGUAAAACCAGUUGCUCAGAAUUGUUCUCAAUAAAUAUUUAUCUUUUUUUGCCCAUGAAAAAUGUUGAGUUGUGUGGAUUUAUCACGUGGCCCUAGACAUGACAUUCUAAAUUCACAGGAGUUUCUGCAGGUGUGGAAUUUUGUAAUAGUUCUGUAAAAUGAUGUCUUUUUUGAGAUUUACAACUCAAGUUUACUGUGAGUAUAAGGAUAGAUUCAGAGAAAAGUGUUUGAAAUGAUAUGCCUUCAGAGAUUUUUCCAAUGAAGGAGUACCUCUGGGUUCAAUAUUUCUUAGCCUUAUGUAUCAGGAUAGGUUAAUUCAGUGGGAAUUAUUUUUUCUCAUUUUAAUGAUAUAUGUUUCUUUUAAUCUAAAAAUUUUAAAUAUUCAAUCAUGUCUGUGGGAAACAACGAUUUAAUACCCAAGAUAUGCUAAGUCCUGACAAGAUUUUACAUUUGAUGGUGGUGAUACAAUCACCAAUUCUCCCAUGAUAUUUUUCAUUGUGUUAGCUGUGAUUUCGAUAUGAACAGCACAUGAUGAUGUUGAGUAAAGUAAUAUCUAUAUUAAUUGUUCACGAGACUGUUUCAAAGAACAAAACAAUGUAAAAAUUAGUUUAAAAACAAAUGUUCAAUAAGAACGAUGAUCAAGUGUAAUUUAAAGGAAUUUAGAAGUUAUCUUUACAGGAGAUUCCUCAAUAUUUUUUUCACUUUUAGUAUAUGUUGUGAUUAAAAAAAAACAGAUGCACUGAUUUAUGCUUAGGUUUUAUUUAAGCAUUGCAAAAUAAAAUUUGAAACUGAGUGAGUACAAGCACCAAUUCAUAAUGGAAAGAUGACUGAUGAGUAGAUGCUUAAAUUAGAGAAAAUCUGUGUGCUUUUGACAAUUAUCCCCUAUGUUAUAUAAUGCUUAAUUGCUUCUAAUAAGAAAAGCCUAGUAGAAGAGUCCAUUAGCAUCUGACUGCUUGGAAAGAUGAUUCCCUGCUUUCUAAUUCCAGAAUAUAUAUACACACGUAUGAAAAAUCAGGCAUACAGACAACAACAUCCAAAGAAAAACAGGAGGCAUAUGUCGUGUGAGUAAUAUCAUGGAGCUUGGGUAACAUGUUUGGCAAAUUCUCCUCUUGUGUGAAACACAAUGUCAAUCUAACAUUGGCAAUACUCCUAUGCAUGCAAGUGAUAUUUGAUGGAUUUUUUUAGCACCCUUGUAUCAGGUUAGGUUGUAUACAAAAUUGUUUCUUUAUGAAGCAAACCAAUGUUCUACUACCUUCUGAAGAAUAUCAUUAAACAAAUAUUGUUAGAGUGGCCUAUAAUAGUUAAUGUGCUGAUGAAGAGGGAAAGACAGAAUUUCCCAUGCAUGCUAGUUUCGAGUGUCUGUCCAUGUUCUAAUUGAUGGCUCCAUAGAAAAGAAAAACAGGGCUUUCCCUGAACUCUGAUGUCACCCAAAAGAAAGUAACUACAUGAACUAAGGACAGAGUACUAAUAAUACUGAUUAAAGCAGAAUUCUGCUAGAAGAAAUGCAAAGAUUUUUUUUAAUAUUUUCAAAAUAUCUAUAUUUGUAUAUGAAUAAUGAGCAAAGUAUUUUGUGAGAAUGUAUGGGAGUUUGAAUCCAAAAUGAAUGCUUCAUGCAUGCAGAUAUAUAUGGAACCACAUAUAAAUGCAUACAUACACAGGAGAAAGUGUAAAUAGUAUAUAAGGAUUAUGAAUAUUAUGCUAUAAUACAAAGACCUCAGAAUAUUACAUAAUCAUUACAACACAGUAAGAUAGCAUAACCAAAAUGCCUAUGUUCAGAACAUGGCUAAAUGUACCAUUACUCUUUACAAAAGUAGCAUCUUAUUUUGAUC